GCAGGAAGCGGAAGUGUGCUGUGUGCUGAUGUGUGGGACGCAGCUGGAUCCGUUCAGAACCUUUAAGAGAAAGCAGAGCGGGCGGAACACCGAGCUGGAACCGGAGCUUGGAGCGUAAAGUGUGAUGAAUGAAGCCGAGCUGCUGAAGCUGAGCUCGGCUGCUUUUUCCUCCCAGAGACGGAGCCAGCAGCGUCCAGGAGCCGCUGAGGACCCAGAGACAGGGGGCCAGACAGGGGCCCCGCUCGGUUUGCCAUAACAUCAUGAGUGUGAAGAAAGAAGACCACAUAGUACUGAAGCAAGAGACUGAUACCUUAACUGGAACAGUUUAUGGAUCUCUUGAAAUCAAAGAAGAACCAGAAGAACUAGAACUGAAGGAAGAAGAUUUUAAAUCAGAACCUCAGUCGAUGAUGAAGACUGAGGUUGAAAGUAUCAGUCAGGAUGAAAACCAGGAUGUACUAAAGCAAGACCCUGAUACAUUAAUGGGAACAGGUUCUGAAUCUCUUGAAAUCAAAGAUGGACCCAAACAAGUUUGGGAAGACGCACAUGGAUCAGGACCUCGGCAGAUGGUGAGGAAAGAGAUUGAUGGAAUCUGUCAGGGUGUAGUGAAGCAGGAGACUGAAAUCUUGACCCCGACAGUUUCUAGUGAUGAAACAGACCUUCAACAACCUGAACUAAAUAGAAACCAAAUCCUCUUUCAGAACAUCCCUAAAGCAGAGCAUAAAGAAAUAAAGUCUGACAAAGCCUCAGAAUCCAGUAAAGAUGAGCAGCAACAGAGCACGGCUCAGAAAACCAGAGGUCAAAGUGACAAUGUUGAGCAAAUGAUGGACAAGCAAAUUGAGGAAAUUAAAAGAUAUAAAGAGUGUGAAUUGUGUGGUAAAAGGUUAAAAUCAAGUUGGAGUUUAAAAACUCACUUGAGAAUACACACCGGUGAGAAGCCUUUCUCCUGUGUAACCUGUGGGAAGAGUUUUAUUCAUAAAAAAAGCUUGACUAACCACAUGAGAACCCAUACAGGAGAGAAGCCUUUCUCGUGUGUAACCUGUGGAAAACAUUUUUCUGAAAAGAGUUGUUUGAGAAGACACUUAAGAUCCCAUACAGGUGAGAAGCCUUUCUCGUGUGUGACUUGUGGAAGAACCUUUUCUGACAAGAGUCAUUUGAGAAGACACUUAAGAUGUCAUACAGGUGAGAAGCCUUUCUCAUGUGAUACCUGUGGGAGAAAGUUCAGUGAAAAAGGAUCUUUAUCUAUACACACAAGAACUCACACAGGAGAGAAGCCUUUUUCAUGUGAUACCUGUGGGAAAAGGUUCAGUGAAAAAUCAUAUUUGGCUAUACACACAAGAACUCACACAGGCGAUAAGCCUUUCUCAUGUAUAAUAUGUGGGAAGAGAGCUAAUAAAAAACGUGAUUUGACUAUCCAUAUGAGAACCCAUACAGGAGAGAAGCCUUUCUCGUGUGAUACCUGUGGAAAACUGUUCAGUAAAAAAUCAUGUUUGGAUAUACACAACAGAAUUCACACAGGAGAGAAGCAAUUCUCGUGUGUAACCUGUGGAAAGAGUUUUAUGCUUAAAACUAGAUUGACGAUCCACAUGAGAACCCAUACUGGAGAGAAGCCUUUUUCAUGUGUAACCUGUGGGAAGAGAUUUAGUCAAAACAGUUAUUUGACUAUCCACAUCAGAACCCAUACAGGAGAGAAGCCUUUCUCAUGUGUAACAUGUGGGAAGAGAUUUAAUCAACAAUGUGAUUUGACUAGUCACAUUAGAACCCAUACAGGAGAGAAGCCUUUCUCGUGUGUAACAUGUGGAAGAGAGUUUUCUGAAAUGAGUUGUUUGAGAAGACACUUAAGAUCCCAUACAGGUGAGAAGCCUUUCUCGUGUGUAACUUGUGGACAAACUUUUUCUGACAAGAGUCAUUUGAGAAGACACUUGAGAUGUCAUACAGGUGAGAAGCCUUUCUCAUGUGAUACAUGUGGGAGAAGGUUCAGUGAAAAAUCAUAUUUGGCUAUACACACAAGAACUCACACAUGAGAAAAGUGUUUCUCAUGUAUAAUAUGUGGGAAGAGAUUUAAUCAAAAAUGUGAUUUGACUAGCCACAUGAGAGGCCAUACUGGAGAGAAGCCAUUUGUUUGUAUAACAUGUGGAAACAUUUUUAGUCAAAAACACAUUCUGAUUACCCACAUGAGAAGUCACACAGUCGUAUAAUGUAUAAUCUGUUAAAUGUUUAAUUCAUGAAAGUAAUUUAACUAGACAUGUUCAAGCUCACAAACUAAAAACGAUUUCCAUGUUAAAUUUUUGGUAAAGGUGUCUAGCUUUAAUUUCCUUUCAGUGCUUUGUGGUGUACCUUUGAUUCAUUAAAGCAGUUUAAAAGACCC